GUCGAAGUCCCAGGCCAUUCAGUAGCGAGAUCUUAAGCGUGCAGGUUGCGAUUUUGGCCAAGGAGCCCAGUGAAAUAAAAAUAGUUUGUUUUUUCACUUCCGUGAGUGUGUGUUUGUGGGAAUAUUUCGGUAUCGAAACUUUCUUCCCCAGCUGGCCAUCAUUUGUAUGUUAAUGCAAAUUACUGAAGAAGGCAAGGAAGAGGAAGAGCCAACGAGACAAGUGGAGUGUAGAAAGUGCAAAACAGGUUUUCGGCUAGCAGGCAAACGUGGCAAAAAUAAGAAAUAAACAACAACAAAAAACCCAAACAAAACAAAGUGAAAAUAAGUGAUCGCUUGAUUAUCACUGAAUUAUCUCAUGUUUGAUGAAUGCUAAUUGAUCAGUGAAAGUGAGUGAGAAAAAACAAUGCGAGCUAGAAAUGCCCGCUAAAUGUCGAUGAGCAAAUAGCAUGCUAAAAAGACAAAAACAAAAACGAGGAAACCGCUAUGUCUUCCACCUACACAAACACUAUUACACAGCGCCGCAAGACGACCAAGACGAAGCAACAACAGCAACAAUGGGCGGCCAGCGAUUCGAGCGGCGAGCCAAACGAAAGACUUCACUUUCGCAGCCGUUCGACAAACUCAAAAGUAACAACAACUGCGUCGGCUGUGAGAAAUUCACCUUCACCACUGUGCUGUAACGGUGCUCUAACGAUGUUCAAUUGCUGCGUCGACGUGAAUUGCCAUUUGAAUGCGCCGCUGCGCGGCAGCGUUAGCCGGCAAACGACGCCGUCGGUGACGCCGACUGCGACGCCUACUCCAACAGCGACGCCAAAACAAGUCUCCCCAUCGCCUACCUCUGAUCGUUCGCGCUCUCGCUCAGCUUCACCGUCUCGCUCCCGCUCGCUCUCAGCCUGCCACAAACAACACAAGAGCAGCGCAGUAGCAGCAUCAGUGACAGCAAAAGAGAGAGAUCCCGAUGCUAUGCCACCAUUUACCGUUAGCCUGAACAUCGAUCUCUUCAGCUGGACCCUCUUUUUCUUGGCCUUUGGCACGCGUUUUUACAAAUUGGCAACACCGCCGCAUAUUGUGUUCGAUGAACUGCAUUACGGCAAGUACAUCUCAAUGUACUUGCGCAACAUCUUCUUCUUCGACCAACAUCCGCCGCUGGGCAAACAGCUGAUCGCCGGUCUGGUCAGCCUGGUUGGCUUUGAAGGUGACCAUAACUUUACCCGAAUCGGAGAGCCCUACUCACCGGAAAUGCCCAUCUUUUGGUUCCGGUUCGUUCCGGCGAUGUGCGGAAGUCUGCUGGCACCCGCAGCUUACAAACUUCUGCUGGAAGCGAAGCUGAGUCGCUGGUCAUCCGCUUUGGGUGGUCUGCUCGUCGUCCUGGACAACUCCUUGCUCACCCAAUCCCGAUUCGUUCUCAUGGAAUCGAUGCUGCUGCUGGCCAGCACAGUGGGCAUCGCGUUUUUGCUCCGAUUCCAGAGGAGUCGCCUCGGCAGCGUCCAAUGGAUAAUCUCUGGAGCAGCGGCCGCUGUCUUUUUGGGAGCAGCUGGAACGAUCAAGUACAUCGGAUACCUCGCACUUGGACUGGCCAUUUAUAUGCUGUGCCGCACGCUUUGGCAACUGCUCUACGAUGCGAGUUUGACCAAUCGCCAAUUGUGGGUGCACGCCAUAAGUCGUCUGCUGCUCUUUAUUGGUCUUCCAUUGGCCGUCUACAUAGGAGUCUUCUACGUCCACUUCCGCACACUGCACCGAGCAGGACCCCAUGACAGCAUCAUGACCAGUGCGUUUCAGGCUUCCCUGGAGGGAGGACUGGCAUCGAUUACAAAGGGACAACCACUGGAUGUGGUGCACGGAUCCCAGAUCACUUUGCGGCACACCCACGGACGCACCUGCUGGCUUCAUUCGCAUGCAGCUGUUUAUCCAGUGCGUUAUCCCGACAAGAGGGGUUCCUCGCAUCAGCAACAGGUCACCUGCUACUCCUUCAAGGAUGUGAACAACUGGUGGCUGGUGAAACGACCCACGAAGGAGAAUCUGGUGGUGGGAGACAAUCCGGAUGUGAUUCGACACGGUGACAUCAUCCAGUUGGUGCAUGGAAUCACCAGUCGAGCGUUGAAUUCCCACGAUGUGGCUGCCGCAAUGACGCCACAAUGUCAGGAGGUCAGUUGUUACAUCGACUACGAGAUCAAAAUGGCCGGUGAACUGUUGUGGCGCGUGGAUAUCAUGAAUCGCGAUUCCGAAGGCGACAGCUGGCAUGCCAUCAAGUCGGAGAUUCGUCUGAUUCACGUCUCCACGGGAGCCGCUCUCAAGUUCAGUGGCCAUCAACUGCCGGAUUGGGGCUUCAAUCAGCACGAAGUGGUGGCGGAUCGGGAUCAGAAGUUGAACGAGCACACCAUCUGGAAUGUCGAAGAGCACCGAUAUACACAGACUGAAGAUCACCAGGAACGAGAACGCCAGCUGCUGACCGCCGAAAUGAUUCCCACUCAACGGACUCGCCUUUCGUUCUGGGCCAAGCUACUGGAGCUGCAGUCGAAGAUGCUGUUCCAGACAAGGGGAAUACCCAGCCACAUGUACAGCUCGAUGCCGCACGAGUGGCCGCUGAUGGACAAGGGCAUCGCCUACUGGCUGGACUCGGAGUCCAGUGCUCAGAUCUACUUGCUGGGCAACAUACUCAUCUGGUACACGGCCACCGCGGGAAUACUCGUCUACGCCGCAUUACUUGCCUUUUACGCGGUUCGAAGACAACGUUUGUGCUUCGAUAUUUCCGAAGAGGAGUGGCAGAGGUUCCUCAUUGCCGGCGAUACCUUCUUCGUAGGCUACUUGGUCCACUACCUGCCGUACUUCUUCGUGGAUCGCACACUCUUCCUGCACAAUUACUUGCCAGCCUUUGUGUUCAAGUUACUCCUCCUGUGCUUCGUCGUGGAGCAUCUGGACUAUCUGCUGCGGCGCUUCUGCACCGGACGCGGAGUUCAUCUGGUGCGCCUCUAUCGCCUCAUCCUAAUCUUUUGGCUGAUUUGCGUGGUCAGCAUUUUCUUCAAGUUCAUUCCGUUCAGUUAUGGAGCGCGAAAGAUGAGCGUGGGCGAGGUGCGCCGGCUGCGAUGGAAGGACACCUGGGACUUUGUCCUGCACAAAAACCACCCACUGCACUGAGAAAAAUAUCCACAUUCCAUCUCCGCGGCCAGAGAGACGUGCAAUCAUGUACUCGUACCAUGUACAAUAGACUAGGAGACCUAGCUAAAGUUGAACUAGUGCUAAGCCAUAAAUUAUUUGAAAUGUAAACAUACUCAUUUGCAAAACCAAUUAAAACAAUUAUUUAUUUAUUUUAA